UACAAGGGUUAAUGCGUAUUUCUUUUCGAGAAAAAACACGAAUUGACAAAAUAUAUUAAUAGUUAUUUAAAAUCGACGAACAUUAUUGUUGGUGAUAUUUAAUAAGUUAUAUUUUAUUAUUAUAUUUUAAAUCGUACAUUUUUCAAAUGUGUGGUAUGAAACUUUUGCUUGUAAAGUUAUUAAAGUGAUUAAAGUAGGAAUUAAAAAAAAAUAAUUAUUUUAGAAAAAAUGAUAAAUUAACAAAUAUCAGUUAGUAAAAAAAAGAUGAUAAAAAGAAUCUCUAGGAAAUGUCAUUCCGUUUCAGUACAUACAUAAAUUAACUAUGCAUAACAUUUAAUCAUUAAUUUAAUUAAAGUGGAUUAAGUGCAUUGGGGCAUUCAUUCGUAUUAAUUAAAGGAAUAUUCCACAUUGUAUAUGAAAAUGCAGCUAUCUUUGAUUAUUGUACUUUUUGCCUUAAUAUUGGAAUUCGUGGAAUUUAGUGAAACCUAUAAAAUUAUAAGACCAUAUAAAUUUUACAAUCGCCAUCCAUGGCGACCACCACGAUGGCAUCCGCUUCCAAAACCCCGGAAACACUAUCAUUCCACAAAAAAACAACCGCCUAAAUAUCACUCUUACGAACCAGACUAUAACAGAUAUGCACCGCAUCAUGAGGAUUCAGCAGAUACAUUUGACGAUGACAAACCUUAUGUCGUAAUCAUACAAUUUCCACAAAAAAAUGAAAAGAAGAAGCAUCGCUCUCAUCAGCGUCAACAUAUUAUAGAUUCUCCGCGAGAUAUUGAUUAUAUUGACGACGAUGACGACAAUGAUGAAUUGAAAGUAUAUGAGUUGAAUGACAAAGGAGUGCAAAUAAAAAUAAACCACUAAUCGUCGUUACUUGCUUCGUAACAAAUGCUGCAAUUUGAUGAGCUAAUUAACAGAUUUUAACGAAACAAUGAAUUAAGUUUUUGAUUGUAAUAUUUAUGUCUUUUUAUUUGUUCGCUAUAUUUUUAUAUGUUAAUCUUUUGCAUAUUCAAAGAUUGUUAAUUUAAAAAUAUAUACUUAUUUAAAUAUAUUAUAUAAUUUAUGUUGUGCUGUGAAAACAUUGUUUCUAAAUAUAUAUUAUGUUUUAUUUAUUAAAAUUGCAUGUAAUUUUUCUAUUUAUUAGAAUAUUAAUUUCCAAAACUAUAUUAUGUUUAUAUUUGUAAUUUCUAAAUAUUAUCAUGAAUGACAAAUUAAAAUAGCGAGGAAAACCGAAAGUUAGAAUCAGGAUAAAUU